CAUAAGGGAGAGAAAGGGAGGAAGUUCCCACAACUUUGUUUAUUCUACUCAGUCUGGGAGAGAACUCGGCACAGUGAGAAAUCAAGAUAUUGUAGCACUGGAGAAGUGGAGCACAAGAAGCCACACAGAUACUCUCCCACUGACAUGACUGACAGAGGAAAAAAUCCACUUGGAAAAAAAAAACAGAAUAUGGCUGCUAAAGCAAUGCGCUCCCUCUGCCUUUUUGGUAUUCUCAUUGGGAUGGCCUAUUCAUCUUCUGUUGUCGGGUAUGGAACAGAGCCACAGAUGUCUUUGAAAAUUUGCGGUAAGGGAUUUUUCCUUAGUGAGCAAAACAAAUGUUUGCCCUGUAACUGCAAAGGCCAUGCAGAUCGCUGUGAGGACAUCACAGGCAUUUGUCUUAAUUGCAUGGAUCACAGUAUGGGUGAUUUCUGUGAAAUGUGUGAAGAUGGCUACAUGCUUGCACCAAGCAAGGUUGGUAACCAUAGUUGCCAACUCUGUGCUUGCCCUCUCUCUGUCCCCUCAAAUAAUUUUGCAGUCCACUGUGACAGGCAGGGUGACAUUCAACGAUGCAAGUGCAAGGAAGGUUAUGCUGGACAUAUCUGUGAGAGGUGCGCCCCUGGUUACUACGGCAUGCCAAUGGCAAUUGGUGGUUCCUGCAAGCGCUGUGACUGUAAUGACAACUCUGACCCAAACCUGAUCUUUAAUUGGUGCCACAAUGUGACAGGACACUGCCAACACUGCUGGGGUAACACUGCCGGGCGAAAUUGCGAAAGGUGUGCGAAAGGCUUCUACGGCGAUGCCAUCGGUGCCAAGAACUGCAGAGAGUGUGAAUGCAGUAAAUGUGGUACAUCCUCAUGUGAUGACAGGACAGGAGUGUGUCACUGUAAACCAGGUGUCACCGGACGACUCUGUGACCGCUGUGAGGAUGGUUACUCAGGUUUCUCCAGCUGCCAAGGCUGUCAGAGAUGUGAAUGUAGGCCAGCUUCUCUUCGUCCCACCUGCCAUUCUCUCACUCACAGCUGUCUGUGCCGCCGGGGUGCCGGAGGUCGUUACUGUGAGAGGUGCCUCCCAGGCUAUUGGGACUAUAGCCCCUCUGGCUGCAAGAGAUGUGACUGUGAGAGCAGUCACUGUGAUAUGCAAACAGGAGAGUGUCUCCCAGAGCCUGCAACAGUUAAUCUCUGCAAUAUCAGUUGUGAUGAAUGUAUUUGGCAUGUUAUCGGCGACCUACGACUGUCCAACAAAACACUGGACCAUUUGAGGGUUGGAGUCUUGAACAUCUCUACUGGGGCUGCUGUUAAUGACAGAGUCAAAUACUAUAAUUACACUGCUCACCACUUGCAGAAUCAAUUUUACAUGUGGAGAAACAAACUGUCUGUGAUAGAAACAGAGACUCGGGGGUUAGAAGACUCCACACAGGAUGUGGUAUCCUUCAUCAGACACCUUAGUGUAUCGGAAAGCACAGUGAAGAGGCUGGGGAUCCAGAUUGAUGAGGACACACAGCAAACCAUAAGGCUAGCUGAAAACUUCAGCAAAAACCUCACUGACCUCAACAUGCACAUUGAAGAAAUGAUCCAUGAAUGGGAGUUGUAUAGUGUUGACCAUAAAGCGUCACCCGAAGUGGUCAGGAAAAACACAGAUGAAGCCUUACAUAUUGUGAGCAACAUGAGGAAACUUCACUUGUCCACACAAGGGCCUAUCACUAUUGAAGAAUCAACAGAAUCACAUGACUUGCUAAGGCGCAUUCGUCAGUUGGAGAAGAAGUCAUUGAUUACACAUGGGCAUCUCACUCCACUCAAGUUGGCUUUGUCCCGCUUCACUACCAAGCUGUCUGAUGCACAAUCCUUCCUCCAGAAUGCUACAAGUACAAUUGAGGAGACACAGGAUCGGAAUAGAGGAAACGUGCUCAAAUUCCAGAGGAAUGAGGCAGCAAAGCAGAGGAUGGAAACAGAGUUUGCAGCUACUCAAAACAGUACGGAAAAAGCGAAAGACAUAAUUACCAUAUCAGAAGAGAAUGUGGCUGAAGUGGAUACGUUGGUUGAGAAUAUAACACAAUACCUUGCUGCAAUUGAUGGUGCCAGCCAAAAGCUGAUAGCGAAGAUGGAAAAGCUCUCAUCCGCUGACAUAGACUUGAUGCAAAGGGCAGAUGAGCAUGCUGAAGAGCUGGAACGACAGGCAACUAAACUGGAAGAGGACCUGCGAAAGAGUGAUGCCAAUGGCUUUGUGCAAAAGGCCAUAAGCGCUGCCAAUGUCUACACCAACAUAGUGAAAUACAUCAGUGAUGGCAAUAUCACAACACUUGCGACAGUGAACCUAUCCCACACAGCAAAUGAUUCUGUCACUGAGAUCCACAUGAAGCUUAAUGAUCUAGUGGCAAAGUGUGAGAGCGUUUUUAAGGAGUCUGUUUCAUUGCAUUCUGAACAAAGAGAGGUAGAAGCUGAGGUGGUUGACAAAGUCAAAUACAUUGAAGAGACAAAGGAAACCUUGGAUAAAAACACUCAAAAACUUGAAGAAAUGGUUCAGGAUAUUAAUGAAAUUCAGACAGCCAGAACUAAUCAGAGACUGGAGUACACACUAAAGGUGGCUGAGGGAACUCUUAACCGAUCAGCAGCAGUGCUUGACACCAUUACGCCUAUCGGUAACAAAGUAGAGGAGUGGGCCGAUAAUCUGAGCAAGAACAAAUACUCGACAUCUGGCUAUGAGCAAGCCAUAAUCUCUGCAAAGGAAUCAGUGGAUCACCUUCAUUUUCUUGUUCCUGAGCUCUUGGAUAAGCUGAAGGUGGUUGAGCAGAAGAAGCCUGUGAAUAACAUAACCGUCAAUGUCAUGAGAAUCAGAGAACUCAUAGCCCAGGCUAGAAGUGUGGCAAAGAAGGUUCAAGUGUCCAUGAAGUUCAAUGGUCAGUCUUCAGUGGAGAUACAUGCUGAUACAAACCUAGAAGAUCUUAAGGCAGUGACGUCCAUCAGCCUAUUUAUGAGAGUUGACCCUGACAAGGAUCCGAUAGAAGAUCGUUUCAUUUUAUAUUUGGGAGACAGAAACGGUAGGAAAGACUACAUGGGACUUGCCAUCAAGAAUGACAACUUGGUGUACAUGUAUAAUCUAGGUGGUGAAUAUGUUGAAAUCCCGCUGAGUUCAAAACCUGUCAGUCAAUGGCCUGCUGUCUUCAACUACAUAAAAGUAGAAAGGUUGGGUAGACAUGGAAAAAUCUAUCUUAUCAUACCAAGCCAGAGAUCUACAGAUGAACAGAAGUUCAUUCAGAAAGGCGAAUCUCCAGGAACCGAUUCACUUUUUGACAUUGACCCGAAAGACAUGGUGUUCUUUGUUGGGGGUGUUCCACCAGAUGCCAGUCUUCCACCACCUUUGGCUCUUGCUCCAUUUGUGGGCUGCAUUGAGUUGGCUUCGCUGAACAAUGAUGUGAUCAGUCUAUAUAAUUUCAAAAACACUCACAAAAUGGAUGUGGUUGCAUCAACACCAUGUUCCAGGUACAAGCUGGCUUUUUCACAGAGUCGUAUUGCUAGCUAUUUGUUUGAUGGAAAGGGCUAUGCACUGAUCAAUAAAAUAGAGAGGAGGGGAAAAUUUGGUUAUGUCACAAGAUUUGAUAUUUCAGUGCGAACAGUUGCAAACGAUGGCGUCCUUUUCAUCAUGGUCAAUGCUGAUAAUUUUUUUCUUUUAGACAUAAAAAAUGGAUUUUUGCGUCUAAUGUAUGACUUUGGCUUCAAUGAUGGGCCUAAACUUUUGGAGGAUAACAUACCAAAAUUAAAAAUAAAUGAUGCAAGAUAUCAUGAGAUAUCAGUAAUCUACCAUCAGUCAAAGAAGGUCAUCCUUCUGGUAGACAAGAGCCAUGUUAAAUCUAUGGAGAAUCCCAAAACUACUCUGCCUUUCUCAGAUAUCUACAUAGGGGGGGCUCCCUCACACAUUCUCCAAUCUAGGUCUGAGCUGUUCGCCGUGGUUGGUCUCAAGGGUUGUGUCAAAGGCUUUCUGUUCCAAAAAAAAGACUUUAACCUCUUAGAAGAGCCUGGCACCAUUGGCAUCAGUAGUGGCUGCCCUGAGGAGUCUUUUGCAUCACAUAAAGCCUAUUUCAUGGGUGAGAGCUACUUGGGAUCCUCAGCAAAGAUUUCACCAUUUGAUAAAUUUGAAGGAGGCCUCAACUUUCGAACAUCAGAAGCGAGUGGACUACUUUUCUACCAUAUUGAAGGGCCUGAUGAAUUCAGCAUUACGCUUGAGAAUGGAGCGGUCGUGAUGAACACACAAGGAACAAGAGUUAAAACACAUAAGAAGCACUAUAAUGAUGGAAGAACGCACUUCUUAUUGGCUUCAGUGAAUAAUCAGAGGUAUUUAUUAUUGUUGGAUGAUAAAGACAAGCAGGAGAAGAAACGUCCACAAUUAAUCACAAGACCCUCCUCCAUUUCUCAAGUAAACAACUUCUAUUUUGGGGGAUCACCAAGCAGCAGUUUAAGGAACUUCACGGGCUGCAUUACCUAUGCCUACAUAAACAGACAUGAUCGAGACAUUGAGCCAGAAGACUUUCAGCGCUACAAUGAGAAUGUCCAGACUUUCCUUCAGGACUGUCCACUGCAAAAGCUUCCUGCUGCUCUUUCAUCAAGGCCCAGGGAUGACAAAUAUCAAACCAAACAGAGGCAAUCCCGUAAGGUUCGCAGGAAUGCACCCAUCCACAAUGUAAUGGAGCUAAGAAGUGACAGUGAUGUGAAGGUUUCUCCCUGCCAUCUCUCCUCAAGUCAUCAAGCAACACAUGGUGGCUACCAAUACAGCAGCUUUCCAAAUAAUAGGCAGCACUAUGAAGCUCUCCCAGAAUCCUUUUCUGAAAGGUCUAACUUUUCGUUAUCUCUAAAGACCAAGACAUCAUUUGGGCUUAUCUUUUAUGUCUCUGACUUUGAAGAGAACAACUUUAUGACACUCUUCCUGUCCAGUGGUAGGCUUGUUUACGUCUUCAACGUAGGUUAUCAGCAAGUCGAAAUGUGGAGCAAGGAAAGUUACAAUGAUGGAGAAUGGCAUAAUGUAAUGUUUUUGCGUGAUGGAAAUAUGGGAAAAUUGAUCAUCGAUGGGCUCACAGUGCUAGAGGACAAAGUUACAGGCAAUGUUGUGUCCUGGCAUGUCAGCAGCCCCCUGUAUUUUGGGGGUGUGCCUCCAAAGCGAGCACAAAGAAACAUUCAGAGAAACUCAGUAAACAGCUUUUCUGGCUGUUUGAAGAAUAUUCAGCUCAAUGGACGCUGGUUUUCAUCCGCAGACAAAACAUUUGGGGUCACUCCAUGUUUUGAGGGACUCACUGAGACAGGAACAUUCUUUGCAGAGGAAGGAGGCUAUGUACUUUUGGACACACUUGACUUGGGAUCUACAUUUGAACUAGAGAUGGAGGUGCAGCCCCGUGUGACAUCAGGUGUACUUCUCCAUGUGGAUAUUGCAGAGGGCUAUUUCUCUAUGUACAUCCAUAAAGGAGCAGUGCUGGUUGUUUUGAGUGACGGAGCACAUGUUUUAUUGGCAACAGUUUCUCCAAGACAGGGUCUUUGUACUGGCCACUGGCAUAGAAUUGCAGUAAUGAGAGAUAUGGACGUUCUCAAGUUGCAAGUAGACCAUGAGGUCCAUAGUGUGGAUGGAUUUCUUAAUCUUCACUCUACAAGCACCAGAAAUAUUUUCAUAGGUGGAGAUCCACAUCCCUCCCUUACAGGCAGGCAUGUAACCAACGAACCUUACGUAGGUUGUAUGAGGAACCUGAUGAUCGACAACAGCGGCAUUAGCUUCAGAGAUGCGGCUCUGGUCAGUGGAGCUGUCAGCGUGGGAUCCUGUCCAACUUGAUCCAACUGUAUAGUAACAGAGUAAAAAUAGCAACUUCUCCCAACGCCUCAUUAAAAAUGAGAAAUGACGAGGAAAUUAUAACCAUUAAAGUCAACCAUUCUGUUUUAUUUACUCUUCGUAUGCUGUGUGCAUUUUGUUGAAGCUAAAAACCAAUGGAAACUGUAAUACUGAAAGCAUAAAUUUGCAUUAUUUUGUCUAAUUUCACAGUUCAUACUAAAAAUGGUCCAUUUGGUGAUAACCAAAAUAUAUGUCAAAUGUAGAAAUUUAUGUGAAUAUGUCCUGUAUUAUAUAAAUUGAUUUUUGUUGGCAAACAAUUGUCUUUCAUAAAUGUGAUUUAUAUAUAUACAUAUACACACUAUAUAGAUGGAGGAUUUCUAAUCCUAUCUAAUCUGUUCACUCCAAGCAAGAACCUCAGCAUCUUCAUUUUUGCUACCUACAGUUCUGCUUCCUGUUGUUUCGGCCUGACCACUGUUUUAUAAACUUUGCCCUU